CGCAUUAUACAUCAAACGUAACAGUUGGGGGGGAAGUUCUACUCCACUUCAGAUUUCUGAGAUGGGAUUUGAGCCUUCGUCUUCAUACAUAGGGACCUUGGGUUCCGAGAUAUUGUAAAAAAUCAAAAGCAAGAUCAUAUCCGUGCCAAGUCCCAAAACACAGCAUUCAAACAUCAGCGUUCUUUACUGCAGCCUUUGGCCGAGCAUCAACUGUAUCUCGAUAGACAUGGGUUUUAAUAUCGUUGAAUUAUCCAUUGCAGACCUUCAGCAGGCCCUCACCUCAGACCUAAUUACCAGUGUUGAGCUGGUUGACAAGUAUCUACAACGUAUCAACACAUAUGAUUCCAGCGGCCCAUGCCUCAAUUCCAUUACCAAAAUUAAUCCCAACGUUUUCGAAGAAGCAGCCGCAUCCGACGACAGACGAUCAGCUGGGCUCCCACCUCGCCCCCUCGAAGGGAUCCCGUACACGCUCAAGGAUGGUUUCAAAUACAAAGGCAUGACUGUUGCUGCUGGUUCCCCAGCAUUCAGGAACCUAGUACCAAAUGAAGAUGCUUUCAUUGUGAAAAAGCUAAAAGAAGCUGGCGCCGUACUUAUUGGAAAGACGAAUAUGCCGCCCAUGGCUGCAGGAGGUAUGCAGCGUGGCUUGUACGGCAGGGCCGAAAGUCCUUACAACCCCGAAUACCUUACAGCUGCGUUCUCCUCUGGCUCUUCAAACGGCUGUGCUACAUCCACAGCUGCUAGCUUUGCAGCGUUUGGUAUCGGAUCUGAGACUGUAUCAUCAGGAAGGUCACCGGCGUCUAAUAAUGGAUUAGUUGCAUACACACCUUCUCGCGGAGUUAUCUCGUGUCGUGGACUAUGGCCUCUCUAUCCGACUUGCGAUGUUGUGACGCCGCACACGAGAACAGUUGAGGAUAUGCUCACAAUUAUGGAUGUUCUAACAGCGGAGGACAAGGCUAAGAAAGGCGAUUUUUGGAGAGAACAGCCCUUUGUUACACUACAGCAGGUGAAGCACCCGGCCACUUAUAAGAGUAUAAUGGCGACUUCAUCUCUCUCAGGCAAGAGAGUUGGUGUACCAAAAAUGUUCAUUGGUGGUCUUGAUCUAAAGGGAAAGCCUACACAUGUCAGUCAACCUGUUAUUGACCUUUGGCGGAGAGCAAAAGCCGACCUUGAAACCCUCGGAGCAACAGUCAUCGAGACAGACUUUCCUGUUAUUUCAAAUUACGAAGACGACUCAGUAUCUGGCCAGAACAACAACGUCGAAGGAUGCCCACCAAGCUGGCACAGCCGUGAGCGUAGUGAAAUCUUAUCUUAUGCGUGGGAUGAUUUCCUUAUUGCAAAUAGGGAUCCGAAUUAUCCAUCUCUGGGCAGCGCGGAUCCAGCACAGAUCUUCCCCAAGCCUGAAGGAUAUAUACCUGACAUGUUUGGGGAGGUCAAAAACAUAAUCCCGUACCCAGAUAUAGUCGCUUUCAUCAAAGACGGCAGACGAGAAGGACGCACUCUAUUCGACAUAGCUGAUAUGCCUCAAGCUCUUCGAGCCCUCGAAGAUCAACGUAAACGCGACUUUGAGGACUGGAUGGACAGCCUAGGCCUCGAUAUGGUUGUCUUUCCAGCGAAUGGCGACGUUGGAAAAGCGGACGUCGAGACGAACUUGGCCAGCGCUGAGCAUGCAUUGAAGAAUGGUGUUAAAUAUUCAAACGGAAACCGAGCACUGAGACACUUGGGCAUUCCAACAGUUAGUGUCACAAUGGGUAUGAUGGCUGAUACAGGCAUGCCUGUCAACCUCACUUUUGCUGGAAAGGCCAUGGAUGACAUCAAUUUACUAAGAUAUGCCUACGCAUUUGAGCAAAAGAGUAGGAGGAGGGUACCACCGCCCAUCACACCACCGCUUUCUUCCGACGAAAUUCCUAGACUAGGUUGAAACUCGGAUUUCUUGAUAUUAAACGGACAAUUGUUAGACUGUUGUUCCUAUAAACUAUACAUUAAUCGAUAGCUCUACAAAAUAGGUGUCCUAUUGCAAUAUCCUUGGUUUUUCUUACAUAACUAACACUACAUUAUGCCUCCUACUUGCCAUCGCAUAGUUUUUACUACGUAAUAGUUAAAAGGAUCUAAUAUUUGCUACUACC